AUGGUUCAACGCAUCCGGAAUACAGCCAGUCUUGACUGUCGCUUGAAAAAAUUGACUUUGACAGCAGUUUUUGGAGUUCUUGGAGUUCGCUCUAGAAGUGUCCGUCUUGCGCUGGUUCUUUUCUGCUUUCUUGGACAGGAUGACAUUUCUCUAGCCCUUUGCGCUCGCGGAGCCACUACUCGAAAACGUUGGGCAGACUCUAGCGGUAUCGACGAGACUGAGGCAGACCUCGAUUUCGGGCUUGCCCUCCUACUUGCAGACUCGACAGCGUUACUGCCUAUACUGCAUGAACUUCAACUCGAUGGGAUUAUCUCAAUCAGCCCUAGCAACGCCUUUCGCAUGGACCCGGUUUAUUCAACUAAGAUUUUAGCGGCAUUGCCUCUAGAGUUGCGUCAUCUCUGGAGAUUAAAGGCUCUGCUCUUUGCGUCUCAAACUAUCCCCUGGGAAUAUCUUGAGCCUGAGUGUAAUUCGCACAUUUGCAGCACACCUUGCUUGAGAUACAAAAUAACGAAAGAUUAUUGGGCUCUAGAUUCGAAUAAGAAGGCUGAAGUGAUUUCCAGCUUACUCGAAGCGUCUAGAUUCACAGACGUCGAAGGUCGUUUGUUCGCUAUUGCCAACGCUAAGGAACUUAUGAUUGGACUAAACAGCCGCUACCUGAAAUAUUAUGUUGCAUAUAAGGAGUCUCUCGCUCUUCGUCUCACAGGGGAUGUGGCCCAGGCUAAGGAGGUCCUCAACUCUAUCCUCCCUAUCGCGAGCCGAUAUUCAUCCUCACGCAACGUCAAAACGCAUUCAGCACGUGGACACAUCCUCAUCCAGCAUGCACUGGAUUAUUCCCAAGCCAGUGAACUUGAUAAGGCCAUAGAAUUGUUAAAGGGCUGGGAGGCGAUGAGUCGGCAUCCUAGUCCAAUCGAGUCUACCUCACAUCUUCAAAGAUCAGAGCGGCUUAUUAGUAUUCAACCAAAACUCUGCUUCACUCCAUACCGCACUGAUCUCUUUUUCAAUAUCGGCGGCACCCUGAUAGAACUUGAUGAUUAUACCUAUGCCGAAAGCCAACUUAGAAAAGAACUUCUCAGACAAGCUAAGGAGAAAGAUAAGGUCGCACCUCUUCUGAACCUCACACUAGCCGAAUCAUUCUUCGCUCAAGAACGCUAUGCCAAAGCACAGCGUUUCAGGCGCAUAUUUCCGAGAGGGAAAAGCUACAUGUCUUAA